AUGAUCGAAAGAAGCGUCGACGUCGACGCGAGGAUGACGUUUUUCGAUCAUGAUCGAGCGAUCUUGAUUUGGUACGCGCAGAGUUGUCGAAGUCGCGUCGAUGUAUUACUUAAGGCUGCGUCCCCUGCCUUGCUAUUCUCUACGCUGCUUAUCCUACAACAAUCACCUCCCUCCCUUCCCGCCCUGAUGUCUGUGUCCUCCCCUGACCCUGAGAGCUCAGCGGCCCGUUCAACUUCGUCGUCGGCGUCACGCUCGAUAUCGCCAUCAGCGUCAAGCGAAUAUGAGCCGCAUUUAGACGGCCAUAACAGCGAGAUGUGUUCGCCCAAAUCACUUGCGCGAGCGAAUAGUGCACGAUCCCCUUCGUGGAACCUGACGCAAGCCUUCGACAGUGGGCCUGAGGAUGUUAGUUUCGAUGAUGUGAAGCGUGGGUGGGAUAAAGCGGUGGAGUCUUGUCAAAUUAUGCUACGGUUGAGAGAACUGAAUACGGCGGCGGAAGAAGACGCAUAUAUGCUGUUCUUGGAGGAACGGGAGGCAAUGGCUAAGGGCAUGUUAGCUAAAAUAGCCUGUGCGAGGCUGAAAUGGGGCGCUGAGGUGGAUAAAAGCACCCUGCGAGUGAUGGAAGCCUACGUUGCGGAUAACCUGGGUGAGUUCUCAGAGGAAGAUAUAGAAAUCACGAACCUGUCGGCGGCAAGUCGAGGGCAGAAAGAAAGGGGAUCAGGAGGCGGCGGUGUGGGGUCGGGCGCAGGAGCUAGUGCUGGCGCUGAUGCUGAUGCUGGUGCUGGCGAUGGCGCAACUGAUGGGGAUGUGGAUGGCGCUGGCGACGGCGAUGGCGAUGGCACUGGCGACGGCGAUGGCGCUGGCGGUGGGGGUGGCGACGGCGAUGUCGCUGGCGCUGGCGCUGGCGGUGGGGGUGGCGAUGGCACUGGCGACGGCGAUGGCGCAGAUGACGAGACUGGCGAGAGGAUUGUAAAGAAACCUCGUAAAUCGAAGGUCGCGACGAUGCAGCUGUUGCCAGAGGAGCUGAGUGAGCAAAUAAAGAGUAUGAAUAUGUUGGGCUAUGAGUCUGUGGAGGACCGAUUUCGCUGCGUCUGGGUGCAUGUGAGUUCCGUCGAGGGCAAGUUAUCCGCAAAUGAUCUUGCGAAAGCCCUGCAUGGCUAUUUCUACAAGCCGUUGCAUAAGAGUGUGUCGGAGGAACAGGCUUUGGCGAGACUGAUCGUCGGCUACAGGAUGGUUAACAUGGAACAAUUGGAUCGAGCCUUCGCGGACGUGAAAUCGUCUUAUACGUACGGACCUAGUUGGGUGAAAAGUGAGUUCAUGGUCAUCAACAAUUUGGAGUUGGAGAAGGAGAGAAUACAAGAGUCAGAGAAGGGGAGUGUUGACUUGUUGGAGGGGAUCUUCUUAACCAUGGCAGCGCUGCGUCUAGCGAUCGACUGGAAAAGUAUCGGGGAGACGCCAGAAGGGAGGAAGUGGAAAAGGGCGACUAACGACGCGUUGUUCCAGUUUCAAUGUCACGGGCAGCUGGAUGAGUUCCAGGUUCUUACUCGAAGGAGACAAGAGGUAGCGUUGAGGAGGAAAUGGGCAAAAGAUAACGAGAGACUCGUUACGAGGCGUAAUAAGGUCCUGGGUUUGUUCAAGAAGUUCGGCUGCGUGAUACUCCUGGACCCGAUUUGGAGUCCUAUGGUUACCCGCACCCCGGAUUUCAACAAGCUGCACGGCUGCAUUCUAGACAACAUGUUGACGCGAGCGCGAAGGGUAGACGACGACGUUGAAGGGGAUGACAAUGUGCCAUGGCAUACGGGUAACGAUAUGGAGAAUAGAAAGAUGUUGGUGGAAUUGGUUCGGUAUUUUACAACGGAUGAUAUCGCAAACUUCGUAGACGAUACGGUGGAGCGAUUGGAGCAGGACGCAGCGGAAGUUGUAGCGUAA